GGGAUGCAUGCAGAAACUAGCCAUGGAAUCAAACGGUUUUGAAAGCAAAUCAGGCUCAGUUCUUAGUGUUAAGGAGCUCGCCAAACAGCCCAUGUCUGCCAUUCCACAUCGCUAUCUCCAUCUGAAUCAGGAGCCACCCCUCUCCGGUGCCGUGGCCUGCCACCAGUUACCCGUAAUUGACGUAAACAAACUCUUCUCAACAAGAUCUGCAGAUUCAGAAUUACAGAAUUUGCACACCGCUUGUAAAGAAUGGGGAUUUUUUCAGUUGGUGAAUCAUGGUGUAAGUUCUUCAGUUAUGAAGAAGCUGAAACAUGAGAUUGAAGAAUUCUUCAAUCUUCCUCUGGAGGAGAAGAUGAAGUUCAAGGUAAGAUCCGGAGAAUUCGAAGGGUUUGGAAUGGUUGACCGGCUGGAUGAUAAGCUUGAUUGGGGUGAUAGAUUAUUCUUCACGAUAAAUCCUAUACACAAAAGAAAACCCCAUUUAUUCCCUGCGCUUCCUUCAUCCCUCAGGAAUGCUACGGAAUCAUAUUAUUCGGAGAUUCAUAAUCUGGGAAUGAGAAUCCUGGGAUUGAUGGCGAAGGCUCUGAGGAUGGAUGCGAACGAGAUGAGUCAAGUAUUUGAAGAUGGGCAGCAGUUGGUGAGGAUCAAUUACUACCCGCCUUGUCCGCAACCGGAGCUGGUCGUCGGCCUCCGGCCACACUCUGAUGGCGGCGGCCUCACCAUCCUUAACCAAGUUAACGGCGUUGAUGGUCUUCAAAUAAAAAAGGACGGCGUGUGGAUUCCAGUUAACUUUCUUCCUGAUGCUUUAGUUGUGAAUGUUGGAGACAUUCUUGAGAUAAUGAGCAACGGGGUUUACAAAAGCGUCGAGCACAGAGCAACAAUCAAUUCAAGGGAAGAAAGGAUUUCAUUUGCAUUAUUCAUUAACAGCAAGUUAGAAGCAGAAGUUGGCCCAGCGAGGAGCCUAAUCAACUCAGAAAAUCCACCACUAUUUAGGACGGUGGGGAUGGAGGAUUAUCUCAAGAGUUUCUUCUCUCGCAAAUUAGAUGGCAAAACAAAUGUAGAGUGCAUGAAGAUUACUCACAACUAGAAAAACUUAAAAUUAUUAAAUAAAUUUUAAAUAAAUAU